AUGUGUUCGAUCUGCCAAUACCAUAUAUCAAUUGAAGAUGCCAUUUUGAAUCUUGAAAAAAUAUCGCACCUCCCGGAGGUGCCUAAUUCGAUCAAGGCACAUUGCGUUGAGGUUUUGGGCGACCUUGCGUUUGCAAAGGUGUAUUACUCGCACUUGAUUGAUUUUACCGACGAUUCCCUCAAAGCCGGAAGAGCCCACUUUCACUUGGCAUUAAUUGAAGAGGAACGCUUGGUUGAAGACUCGGACCCGCAUUUGGCUGUUUACGAAACCGAGUUUGAGAUCGUCCCUUCCUUUUCUAAAGAUAUCCCCACACGCAUCGAUGCUACAAGUGGUGACAAGGGGGCCAAUAGUCCAAAGCACGACAUUAUCCGAUUUUAUGAGUUGACAUCAACUGGAAAUGCCGAAGUGCAAAACUACUUUCACGGGUUAGCAGGAGAGCCUGCAGACUACCAUUCGGCUCGAAAAUACUUUGAAAUGGCGGCAGAAGAGGAGGAAAAUGGCUUGGCGCUAAGUUACCUUGGGCUAAUGGCUCUUCGCGGCCUAGGAUAUGAAUUUCCAGAUGCAGAGCUUGCCUAUUCAUAUUUUGAUCGGGCCAUUGAGGUUGAGGAUCACUCAUUAUCGUGGUUUGGGCUCGGAAUCCUCUACUAUGAAGGACUUGCAGUAGAACACGAUGAAAAGGAAGCAAUUUCGUGCUGGUCAAAGGCUGCAGACCGUGGAUUAUCCGAGGCGCAAUAUGCUCUUGGAUCUUAUCUGCUAAGAAACCGCAUCUCCAUGCUUCAAACAGCUAGCACGGGAGGAAAUCAAAAGGCGCUCUUUGAGCUGUCUGAGUAUCUUGUUAACUCGCAUAUGAACAUCCCAUCUGCAGAUCCGUUGCACUAUUUGACCGUGUGCGCGGAGCGCUCUUUGGCACAAAUUCAUACCUCUGCUUACGCCUUUUACGAGUCAGGCCAUACCUCGAUGGCAAUCGUAUCAUAUAUGCUUGCUUCGAUGAUGGGAUAUGAAGUGGGGUACAUGAAUGCAGCAUUUCUUUUAAAGAGCUCUCCAGAAAGAUCUCUGCAGUAUUUUAUGCGGGCUUUCGAGUACGCCAAAAGCAUCGAUUCCAUGAUCUCUUUGGGUGACCACUACUAUUUUGCGGCAAAAAGAGACAUCAACAACCAGUCUUCGCUUUUUGAAAUUGCCGUUGAUUUUUACACAAAGGGAGAAAAAUCCGGAAAUGCCCAGGCCGCAUACAACUUGGGCUAUUGUUACGAGCAUGGCUUAGGCGUUCCAAUGGAGUUUCUUUAUGUCAAAAAGCCAACUGUUUCUGACGACGCAGAAAGUAGGAUCAACUUGAUGUUUGAAAGACUUUCCUCGAUUUCUUUUCCUUCAAAAAGAGUCUUCUAUUCUCAAAUUAAGAAAAUCUGGUCCUACCUUCAAAAGGCCAUAAUUACGAUCCUUUCAAUACUUGCUACUUUUAUUUACUUUCGAAACUACCUUCGUUUGGCAAGGGAAGAGCGCGAAAGAGAGGCCCGCAAUGCGGGGCCUCCGCCUCCGCCCCAAUCCCCUUUACCCAGGCAAGCACAGCCAUAUUCUCCGCAAAAGCUGCCUUCGAGCUCUCCCCUGCCCGUGCUUUCGCACCCUCCGCAACAGAUGCCUUCAGGCUCUGCACAGCACAUGUCUUCACAUCCUCCGAGCUUGCCUCUUACCUCCACCAUAAAGAAACUCGAUCAGAAAGCAUCAAGUCCAAGUCCCCAAGGCUUGGACUUUUCCCCUUCACCACAAAAUAUGCAACCAUCAACUGUAGCCGUAUCAUCGACGGCCUCUGGUCGCCCUUCCUCAACGCAGCCAUUUCCAGACGCCAUUCUCGAACUGGCCAAAGAGUUCCAGAAAAGAUCCAAAUCAGCACUAGAAUCUUCCGAGGAUACGAAGAAGAGAAAAAACGAAAGUUCAGAUUUAUCCCCAAAAUCCGAAGCCGACUCGGAACCUCCAAAGGAGCAGCAGUAA